AUGUUGCUGCUUCAGUGCAGACAUGGAACCUCUUUUCCUAAGCUAGAUAGCUUGGUACCAAGUGGAAAAAUGAGGAUUCUCCUGGUCUUUCUAGGUCUGCUUGGUAAUUCUAUUGCUAUGCCAAUGCACAUGCCCCGGAUGCCUGGAUUUAGCAGUAAAAGUGAGGAGAUGAUGCGGUAUGGUCAAUUCAACUUCAUGAACUCCCCACAUAUGACACAAUUGGGCCCCUCAUAUGGUUAUGGUAUGCAACCCCCUCAGCUCUUCCCACAGUACCAGAUGCCUAUGUGGCCCCAGCCACCACCCAACACGGGGCGCCCAAAGAAACCCUCAUCUCCUCCAGCAUCCAAACGCCAGGGCAAGACGGAUCUAGCCCCAGAGACCCCGAAGCCCAACCAGCCUCAACCAAAAAAGUCACCACCGAAGCGACCUUUAAAGCAACCAACGCCUGCCCCAACUCCGCCCCAAGAGGAAGCCCAGCCACCUCAGGCAUUCCCACCAUUUGGCAAUGGGAUCUUUCCCUAUCAACAGCCACCAUGGCAAGUUCCACAUAGGGUACCACCAGGUUAUGGACGUCCACCAGUCAGCAAUGAAGAAGGGGGGAAUCCUUACUUUGGGUAUUUCGGAUAUCAGGGAUUUGGGGGUCGUCCUCCCUAUUAUUCAGAAGAAAUGUUUGAACAAGAUUUUGAAAAACCCAAAGAAAAAGACCCUCCUAAAACAGAAAGUCCAGCCACCGAGCCCUCGUCAAAUUCAACAGUUCCUGAGACUAAUUCUACCCAACCAAAUGCACCCAAUCCUGGAGGGCGUCCAGGUGGAAAUGACACCAGCCCAACAGGAAACAGUGGCCAUGGGCCCAACACUGGGGGCAACCCUACAGCUCAAAAUGGGGUCAAUCCACACCCUGCAGUUAAUGUUUCAGGCCAGGGGCCACCAAGAAGUCAAAUCCCAUGGGGCUCAGGUCAGCCAAAUAUUCGUGAAAAUUACCCAAAUCCUAACUUUCCAAGUUUUCCUGUGGGAAGACAAUGGCGUCCCACUGGUACCACCGUGGGACACAGACAGAAUGGGCCUUUUUACCGAAAUCCAGUCCAAAGGGGUCCUCGGUGGAACUCCUAUGCUUGGGAAGGCAAGCAAGCUGUUCGUCCAGGAAAUCCAAUUUAUCGCAGACCGUAUGCUUCCACUGCAAGAGGCAAUUCUCCCAAUCUUGCAGGAAAUCCAGCAAAUUUCAGAAGAAAACCUCAGGGGCCAAAUAAACACCCUAUGGGAACCAAUGUUGCCCCUUUGGGUCCCAAACAUGGUACUGUUGGUCGCAAUGAAAAAAUUCAAAAUCCAAGAGAAAAGCCAUUAGGUCAAAAAGAACGAGUAGUCAUUCCUACAAGAGAUCCAACUGGCCCCUGGAGAAACUCUCAAGAUAAUGGAGCUAAUAAAUCAAACUAUAAACUGCCUCCUCCCGAGAGUAACAAGCAACUCCCAAAUUUUAAUUCUAUUGAUCAGCGUGAAAAUUCUUAUUACCCAAGAGGAGAUUCCAGAAGAGCCCCAAAUUCUGAUGGACAAGCCCAGAGCCAGAAUUUGCCCAAAGGGAUUAUUUUAGAGCCAAGAAGGAUCCCAUAUGAAUCAGAAACUAAUCAACCAGAAUUGAAGCACAGUACAUAUCAGCCUGCAUACCCUGAGGACAUCCCUUCCCCUGCAGGAGAACGUUUUCCUGCUGGAAGAAAUACUUGGAACCACCAAGACAUCUCUCCACCUUUUAAGGAAGAUCCCAACAGGCAGGAAGAACACUUACCUCAUCCUUCCCAUGGCUCUAGGGCAGAUGUGUACUACCCUGACUAUAACCCCUAUGAUCCCAGGGAAAACUCACCAUACAUUAGAAGCAAUACAUGGGAUGAAAGAGAUGAUUCUCCCAAUAAUGUGGGACUACCGGAAGAUCCGCUAUACCCCAUGAAUACUCCAGACCCAAAAGAGACAGUACCUUAUAAUGAAGAGGACCCAAUUGACCCAACUGGAGACGAACCUUUUCCAGGACAAAGUAGAUGGGGUGUGGAGGAGUCACGCUUUAAAGAAGGUGCCCCAGUUAGGCACUAUAAAGAUGAACAGUAUACCUCAAAUCGACCAAAGGAGUACCUUCCCUAUUCCUUAGAUAAUCCAUCGAAACCCAGGGAGGAUUUUCCUUAUGGUGAAUUUUACCCCUGGAACGCAGAUGAGAAUUUCCCAUCAUAUAAUACAAUUCCCACUGUACCACCACCUGUGGAGAACAGGGGCUAUUAUGCCAACAGACCUGUUGGACAAGAAGAAAACUCUCUGUUUCCUUCUUGGAACUCCUGGGACCAAAGGAUAGAAACCCAAGGGCAGAAAGAAAGAAGACCAUACUUUAACAGAAAUUUCUGGGAUCGGCCAACCAAUUUACACAAAGCCCCUGCUAGCCCACCACACCAGAAAGAGAACCCGCACUAUUCCAGUAACUCCCCAGCUGGGCUUCAGAAAAAUCCAAUAUGGCGUGAAGGUGAGAAUUUGAAUUAUGGAAUGCAGAAUACUAGGUUAAAUUCACCAGACAAUGAACACUUGGCUUUCCAGGACUUAAUUCCUCCAAGUUAUUCAGCAGAUCAAAAAGAAGCACAUUUAUUUCACCAAAGCCAAAGAAGCCCUUGCUGUGCUGGUGGCUCUGUUGGACACAAGGACAAUCCACUUGCUCUACAAGACUACACUCCAUCCUUUGGUCUUGCACCAGGGGAGAACCAAGACACCAGUCCCCUGUAUACAAAAGAUAGCCACACUAAGCAUGCAAGACAUACCAUCUCCCCGACGAGCAGCCUACCUAGCCAAAGAAACAGCUCAGAGAAAAGACAGCCUGGAGAAAGUCAAAACCCAAGUCCUUUUAGAGAUGAUGUGUCCACUUUGAGGAGGAACACACCGUGUUCUAUAAAGAAUCAACUGGGCCAAAGGGGAAUUAUGCCCUUUUCUGAAGCCAGUUCCCUUCAAUCAAAGAAUACACCUUGUCUCAAAAAUGACCUUGGAGGAGAUGGAAACAAUGCUUUGGAACCAAUAUUUGAAGGCAACCAGCUUAAUGAAAGGACUGUUGACCUUACUCCCGAGCAGCUUGUUAUCAGCACACCUGAUGAAGGCCCCAAGCCAGAAGAAAUCCAAAGUGAAGUGCAAGGAAAUGAGGGUGAAAGGCAGCAACAAAGACCAUCUAGCAUUCUACAGUUACCAUGCUUUGGCUCCAAAUUAGCAAAGUAUCACUCCUCCAGCCCUGGAACUCCAUCUAGCAUUGGAAGGCAAAGCCCAUUCAAUGGCGAUUCAAUAAUGCCUACUGAAAUUCCUGACUCAUUGGCUGGGUUAGCUACUGGGACCCAGUUUCAGAGUAUAAUUGUAGACCCAUAUAAUGUAGAUGAACACAUUCCAUUUGAUUCCCUUCAAAUAGGGACCAAUCCACAAGACUGCUUACUACUUCAGGCUUAG